GAGUCAACAAGUAUGACUUAAUGAUGCUAUUGCACAUUAUUCGCUGCGACGGCGCAAUGUCGUUGUCUUGUCGCGAACUCCUGAUGGUAUAUUCAGCGGUAGCAAAAUUAUUUCACACUAUAUUUCUCACAGCAACCAUAUCACGGACUCAUCAAUUCUCUGAUGCAGGCUCGCGUACAUUUUAGUGGUGGAGCAAUCUGUCCUGAUUGUGUCAAACCCACGGACGGUCACAUAGUUUGCGUGGGCAGACAUGUAUGGGUUUGUGGUGCUUGUGCCACUCAGAAGAAAACUUUGGACAGUUCUGUACGCUGUCCAAGGUGCAAGGAUUGUUAUUGUUUCUACAAGUGCAACAUGAAGUACAUCGGAGUAUGCGAGGACUGCCAAAGGUCGACGCUAUGCAACGAUUGCAUGGAACUUGAAGAUGAUGAAGAUGAUGGGCAUCUGCCUGACGAGGGUGCAUACUUGAAGAGCCCAGUCCGCCUGACGGUGUGCGAACGAUGCGAUGUCAGUAUCUGUGCAGACUGCUUUGAAGAGCGCAGAUUCCGAGUCUGUUGUGGCCGUGUUUGUUGUCGGUAUUGCUCGGGGUACGAUGGCGAGUGUGGGACUUGUGGUGAAGCACCUAUGUACCAGCUCCCGGGUGCCCGACCUCAAGUUGCAAGGGAGUGAGGUCACUGAGGUGCCAGGCCGUAAGGUAUGUCAAUUUUCGUACACUGACAAAUGUUGGUUGCCAUUAAUCUUGACAUAUCGACAUAUUGAUAAGAACGAGUUCCUUAGAACUGCAGCCGAGCGAACUCUAUCACGAUUCAGAACCAACCAGUUUCAACCAGUAGUAGGGUGUUUUGACGGUGGUGUCCAAGUCCAAUAUUUGUAGCGUCGUGUUCACUCAUCCUAGCCUAGUAGGAUCGAUAUCAUUAUUCACGUCGGUGUACAUUGCAGUAGCCAAACUCGUCAGAAUCGUGUCCUCGUGUCAACUGUGCUUUUCGACCCUUGCGGUAUCAAAGAAGUACAGCCAGGAUGACUGCCAGUCUCGCAUACACCUUUAAUUGAUUAAGUUCACAAGAUAACGCUAUUGAUUGAGCGGCACGGUUGUAGCUCAUAGGAUACCCCAUUUCAGCCAGCCGGCACCAAUUAUGUAAAAGAGC